GUGUGAACUGUCAAACAAUAGCUGGGAUUUGAUUUGGGUUGGGAGACGCAUUUUUAAUUUGUAUUUUUAUUUAUCUCGGUAGCUAAACUCAAUUUUGUAUAUAAAAAUUGCAAGUCUAGCAAUGAGUGCUCAGGCGAAAUCCACCGCUUUGUCGGCGGAUCUAAAUAACUUUAUUUACGGUGUAUCUCGAAGAAACUUUCAAAAUGCUCCGGACUUGACAAAAAUUGGUAUUUCUCUGCUGAAAAACUUUCCAGCAGCCAGAGAUGCCGUGCUGGAGUACUUCGCAAUGGUGUUCCAUGAUGCCGUCAACGUAUCUAUUAAUCAAGCGGAUUAUGAGCCUGACUCAACCAACAAUGGUUCACUGGACAGUGUCAGCAUGAUUGGUCCAGAGCUGAGUAGCCUGGGGGAAUUCUGGGCACCAUUCAUUGCCCCCUGGUGCAUCAAUCUCAUCAUGGAUAUAGCUACAGAGAAGGCAAACUUACCAAAUACCACAUUGCAAAGCACUGAAGCUGUCAGAGUACUGUUGGAUAUCACCACUCAGAAUCUCACUCUAUUAAAUGCUGAGGAAAGAGCCAAAUGCAUUGACAUGAUGUUAGGUUGUCGCGCAUGCUCGUGGGCGGUGGGCUGGGUGGGGCGCGCUGAGCCGGCGCUGGUGGCCCCUAGAGCAUUGACCCUCAACGCUGACGCGGCGCGCGCGGUGCUAGCUCAUCUCGCCAACCACCCGCCUGCUCUGGUCCACGUCAGGGCUGCUUUGGUGGACUUGUUCCAGGAAGCAAUCAGAGAAGACAGUAAAGCUGAAUCAAAAAGAGAUGUCAUUCCAUAUCUACUGACCCUUGCUUCCAAAUCGGACAUUGUAUUAAAGGCGCUUACACAAGAUAUUGAAAAAACUUUGACAGACGAAGUGAUGGAUAGACUGUAUGUAGUAUGCAAUACACAUAGACACAGCGGGGCAUGGGAGAGCGUCGGCCCCGCUUCUCUAGUAGCGCUGCUUCUGAGAUCUGAUGUGCAUUGCUUCUUGCUGCUUCUGAAGCAAGCGCAGAAGAAUCUAUUCUGUAGACAGUUGCUGGAGUAUCUUCUCCAAAAACUGGAAUAUGAAAGCCUGUUCCCGGACUCCAAUCUACCCCUAGUGAUGAGCGCUGCAGAGGAGAUCAGCAUUGUUCGAGAGAAGCUGUUGAUGGGCAACCAGCUGGAGCAGUAUUCUAUUGCCAGAAUACUCAUUAUAGUCAGUUACAAUCUGCCAUCAGAAUUUGUAAGCACAAUCAGCUAUCUCCUACAAUACUCUCGGAAUGAUACCACCCUAGCAUUACUAGUACGAAUCAUAUCCGGGACAAUCACCCUCCACACCCCAGCAGAUUGCCCGGAUGUCAACAUGGAUACAGAGAGAUACCAGGGCUUCAUAAAGACCGGAGUAGAAUAUGCGUUGAGAGAUGCCAUGAUAUCAGAUACACAAGUCAACAAGUGCUUCGUGCAAGGAGCAUGCAAAGACUUCAAAACGAACCUGUAUUACUAUUGCGCGAACAUUGUUAAACUGUUAAGGUGGGAGAAUUCAUCUCGCGUAUCACAUCUCCGCACUCGUCCGAUCGGUCGCGCGGUGGAGGCGAACCUGUACCGUAUCGGCGGCGCGCUGCAAGACUACGCGUCCAUACUGCGAGUGCGGAACUCCUGCACGUUGGCCAGCUUGGACGAGAUGCCGACUUGUCAUGCACUCGCUGAGGUGCUGGAUAGAGCGGACAUGUCCGGCACAAAAUCUCCGCCGCCCAGUGUUGAAGUUAUCUUGAAAGUAGUGCAGGCUACUGUGAAAUAUUUCUUCAGGUGUCUUCACGAAGAAGAUAUAAUGACAAAAUUACGCGGAGUACAGACCGCGAGUCGUCUCCUACGCAAGCUGUGUCUACACAGUAAGCUGGCGCGAGCGGUGGCGUUGCGCGAUUUGCUGGAGACGGCCAUGUUCCGCGAGGACAAGAUCUUCGGCAGCAGGACCGUGGUCGCCAACACUGUGGCCACGCCCCAGAGGUGGAGCCACGAUGAGCUGCUUAUACACAUGAAUCAGAAACAUGGCCCCAUAACCCAGCUGACGCAGAGCCACACGUCGGUGUUCCACGCGGGCAUCAUCGGCAAGGGCGUGCGGAGACAGGGCAGCCAGGACGAGACCGACGCGCCGCCCAUACUCACCACCAACAACGAGCUGCUCAUGGGCGCGCUCAUGUCUUGUAUGGAUGGUAACAGCGGUGUGGUGGAAGGCGCGACGUCCGUGUCUCUGCUACUGGUGGAGUUGGUCUCGCCUGAUGUCAUGUACAAUGGGCUGCCGUGGCCUGAUGAGGAUUUUACUAAGCAAGUGAGCAUAGAGCGCGAGCUGUACAUGCGCUGCGCGGUGGAGCGCUGUGGAGUGUCGCGCGCCGCUCUGAGGCGCAUCGCCCGCGCGCGCCCGGCGCUGUGCCUCGCCUCGGCGCUGCUGCGGGCCGCGGCUGCAUCGUUGCUGCAUCGGUUGAGAGCACAUUUGGACAGGCACAAGCAAUCUGCAGAGAUGACAUGUGAAAUGUUAGCACUAACCGAACUUCUGUCUGUGAUGACGUUGGGACAGUUGCUGCCGCAUCCUCUGAGCCACAUACUGGAACUGGCGCCUGAACUGACUGCGAGUGAGGUUGUACAAGUGCUACGUGAUUGUAUAUGGAACUACACGCGUGACCACGUGCCUUCACCUGCACUGUUUAGUUGUGACUCUACAGGUCUACAUUGGCGUGAUCCAUCUACAUGCAAACCACCUGCUACAUACACAGACACGUUACGAAUAAUUAUACAGAAAAGAAUAUCCAAGCUAGGUCACAUGUACCCAAUUAUGUUUUUAAAUCUCGAGAAAUAUAAUAUAUAGAUUUUUAUAUAAUCCGGUUUUGUAAAUAUUUGUACAAUGUUUUAGUUUAAGAAAUAAAAGUGCCUAAGUUGUGUAA